CGAAAAAUUAAGCUCUCGUAUGUGCGGAACGUACCUGCAUAUGGCGGACGCUCAGUUUGUGUUUAUGUCAAUAAGAAACUGAUUUUUAACAUUUGCGCGGGUGUGGAUUAAACAAUUUAUUAAUUAUUAUGUGUUAGUGAAAACUGUGUAUUGUGUGUUUUUUUGUGAUAAUGGUUUUCGUGGUUGAACAUUUGGAUAACUUGAUAUCUUGGUUGUACUUAUAAGGACAUUUAAGUUGCAGCCUGAAACCACCAUAAUGGAGGCUGAAACCACACCCGCGCGGCCCGGCGCCGGUAAGAUGCGAGAGCGGCGUUGUGCGCUCCACCGCACCGUCGCUCUACUGUUCGCCUACCUCCUCUUCCUGAACUGUCAAGUUGAUGCUAAUGACGAAGAAGAAACCGAGCCGCCAGAAUUAUAUGUGACAGAAGAAAUUGAAGAAGCACCGUUACCCCCAAUUUUGGCGCCGCAAAUGCCAACUGUUAAUGACACUGGCAAUAUUUAUAUUCGAUAUUUGACACAUCCGCCGGAGAUCACGAUCCGGCCUCGGAACCUGCAGGUCAAGGCGAACGGUAUCGCUGCCUUCUACUGCGCCGCGAGAGGAGACCCCAUACCCAACAUACAGUGGAGAAAGAACGGCAAACGAGUUUCUAGCAUGCAAUCCCGCUACCAAGUGUCUCCGAUGGACGCUGCAGCAGGACCGGCAGCCAAUGGAGCGGUACUCCGCAUCGAACCGGUUCGAGCUCAACGCGACGAUGCCACUUACGAGUGCGUGGCGGAAAAUGGAGUCGGUGAUGCCGUCACUGCUGUAGCCACGCUGACUGUUUUUGAAGCGGACAAAGCCCCACCUGGUUUCCCCAGCAUCGCGCCCCCACCCACCACCAUGGUGGUGGAAGUCGGUCACACCGCCACUCUCCCCUGCCAAGCCACUGGCAACCCCUCGCCGAAGGUCAGGUGGCUGUGGAACUCCUUGCCGCUGGAUGUGGCCUCCAACCCUAGAUACGCGCUGCUGAAUGAUAAGAUGCAUGGUACAUUGCAAAUAGUGAAGAGUGAAGAGGAGGACCAUGGCAAGUUCGAGUGCGUCGCUGAAAAUUCCAUCGGAACUGAAUUCUCGAAGCCUACUGUACUUUAUGUUAAAGUGAGACGUGUAGCCCCGCAGUUCUCGAUCCCGCCACCACCGAAGUCUGAGGUGAUGCUAGGAGGAAACCUGACCCUGAAGUGUGUUGCCUUCGGAUCGCCCAUGCCUACCGUUAAAUGGAGAAAAGGUUUGACGAAAUGGCUGACGCCGGAAGACAACCCGCCGCUAGGUUUGAACACCCUCAAGUUGGAAGACAUCAGGGAGUCUGCGAACUACACGUGUGAGGCUGCCAGUGUACUCGGUGUUAUCGAAGCUGUGGCUGAAGUUAAAGUGCAAUCGCUACCCGGGCCCCCGACAGAAGUGCGCCCCUCCGAGAUCACAGCCACCACAGUCCGGCUCACGUGGACCUACAGCGGGCCGGAGGAGCCUCAGUACUACGUCAUUCAGUACAAGCCUAAAUACGCCAAUCAGGCAUUCAGCGAGAUCUCAGGAGUCAUUACCCAGUACUACUCGGUAACGAACCUCUCACCAUACACGGAGUACGAAAUGUACGUGAUUGCCGUCAACAACAUCGGCAGAGGACCACCGUCAGCGCCGGCCGUCAUCACCACGGGAGAAACUGUGGAUUCCUUGUAUGGAGGUGCCAAACCGGGUUCAGCGCCAAGGAAUGUGCAAGUUCGUCCUCUGAGUUCGAGCACAAUGGUGAUACAAUGGGACGAACCGGAGACGCCGAACGGACAAGUUACGGGCUACAAAAUUUACUACACCACGGAUCCUUCGCAACCAAUGCAGUCUUGGCACUCGCAAAUGAUGGACAACAGCCACCUGACCACGAUCAGCGAGCUGACGCCGCACACCGUGUACACGAUACGGGUGCAGGCCUUCACGUCCGUCGGCCCCGGACCCAUGUCCGCGCCCGUGCAGGUCAAGACGCAGCAAGGAGUCCCGUCGCAACCUUCGAACCUGGUAGCCGUGGAAGCAGGGGAGACGUCAGUGACUCUCUCGUGGAGGAGACCAGCCCAUGCUGGAGACAACAUCGUGUCCUACGAGCUGUACUGGAACGACACUUAUGCUAAGGAACAUCAUAGGAAGCGGAUACCAAUAACAGAAACGUACACUCUGAACGGGCUGUACCCCAACACGUUGUACUACAUCUGGCUGGCGGCGCGCUCGCAGCGGGGGGAGGGCGCCACCACGCCCCCCAUCGCCGUGCGGACCAAGCAAUAUGUGCCCGGCGCGCCCCCGAUGAAUGUGACGGCGGUGGCGGUGUCGCCCACCGCCGUGCGCGUGUCUUGGCAACCGCCGCCCGCCGAGCGAGCCAACGGCCGCAUCGCUUACUACAAGCUGCUUUGCGUGGAAUCUGGGAGGGGGGAUUCGGAGGCGAUGGUGGUGAAACUGAACCAGACGUCGUUCGUACUGGACGAGCUGCGGCGCUGGACUGAGUACCGCAUCUGGGUGCUGGCGGGCACCAGCGUGGGGGACGGGCCCGCCUCCUACCCCGUCACCGUCCGCACGCACGAAGACGUACCCGGAGAGCCCCAGGACGUGAAGGUGGUUGCCAUCAACUCCACGUCUAUCCAUGUGACAUGGAAGCCCCCACAAGAGAAAGAGAAAAACGGCAUCAUCCGAGGUUACCACGUCCAUGUGCAAGAAGUACGAGACGAGGGCAAAGGACUUCUUAACGACCCAAUGCGGUUCAACGUAAUGGACGACACGACUCUCGAAUUGAACGUAUCGGGGCUCCAACCGGAUACGCGGUACAACGUGCAAGUGGCUGCUCUGACGAGGAAGGGGGACGGUGACCGAAGUACGCCGGUGUCUGUGAAGACGCCUGGCGGUGUGCCAAACAGGCCUACCGUCAACCUAAAGGUUUUGGAAAGGGAGCCCGUCGUAUCAAUAGAAUUGGAAUGGAGCAAGCCAUCACAAACAUACGGCGAUUUACUCGGGUACAGGCUGAGAUAUGGUGUGAAAGAUCAACCUUUGGAAGAAGUAAAUUUCCCCGGUACUAAAAUACAUUCGUAUAAAAUAAAUGAUUUAGAAAGAGGCGUCCAGUAUGAGUAUAGAGUAGCAGGUAAAAACCACAUCGGAAUAGGUCAAGAGACAAUCAAAUAUUGGCUCACACCUGAAGGUGCUCCGAAAGGGCCUCCAACGAAUGUUACGUACCGCUUCCAAACACCAGACAUCAUUAGUAUCACCUGGGAACCUCCGAUCCGUGCUGAUAGAAGCGGGCAGAUAAAGAAAUAUGAUGUACAGUUUUUCAAGAGAGGAGAUCAAUCUUCUGUUGCGGAGAAGACAACAGAAUUAACGAAAGCUGUGUUUACUGGUUUGGAAGAAGAUGCGCAUUAUGUGUUCAAAGUUAGAGCGUACACAGAUCAAGGAGCUGGUCCGUACAGCAAAGACAUGACGGCUCACACUGAAAGGGACAUCGGUAGAGCGCCCAUGUCAGUUAAAGCCGUUGCAACUUCAGAAUCUAGUGUAGAAGUUUGGUGGGAAACAUUCCGUUCUAGAAAGAAGAUCAUUGGUUACGUCAUAUUCUAUACAAUGACGCCAGUCGAGGAUCUAGACGAAUGGCAACAGAAAACCGUUCACGUUACACACUCUGCUGAUUUGGAUAAUUUGGAAAAGUUCGCAGAAUAUGCUAUCGCUGUUGCUGCCAGGACGGCAGAUGGUCUUGGGAGACUAUCGGAAAAGGUUACUGUGAAGGUCAGACCAGAAGAAGUGCCUUUACACCUCCGGGCUCAAGAUGUGUCCACUCAUUCCAUGACGUUGUCAUGGUCGCCUCCGUUACGCUUAAACCCCGUUAGUUAUAAGAUUUCCUACAAUGCGAUUAAAGAAUUUGUUGACUCUCUUGGUAUGACGCAAACGCAAGAAAUACCAAGAAGGGAAAUCAUUGUGAAACAUGAUAGAACAUCGUAUUCGAUAAAUGAUCUGUCUCCGUUCACAACGUAUAGUGUUAAUGUAAGUGCCAUACCUAAUGACGAUUCGUACCGACCGCCGACGAAGAUCACCGUCACCACGCAGAUGGCAGCGCCUAAGCCGAUGGUGAAGCCAGACUUCUAUGGCGUUGUUGAAAAUGAAAUACUCGUCAUUCUACCUCAAGCCUCUGAAGAAUAUGGACCCAUAUCGCAUUAUUAUCUAGUUGUAGUGCCUGAUGAUAAAGCUCAUAAUCAUAAGCAUCCGGAUCAGUUCCUAACAGACGAUUUAAUUAAAAAUAAUGUUCGAACAGAUGAUGAAAACGCACCGUACAUUGCUGCCAAAUUCUUACAACGAAAUAUUCUCUAUACAUUCCAUCUCGGUAAUGAUGAAAUGUAUGAAGGCUUUUUGAACAGGAAAUUGAAUCCUAGUAAAAAGUACCGAGUAUUCGUCCGUGCGGUUGUAGAUACUCCUCAAAAGCAUUUAUAUACGUCCAGUCCAUUUUCUGAAUAUUUGUCGCUAGAUAUGCGUGAAGCGCCUCCUGGUGAAGAACCUAGCAGGCCUGAUCCUAAAGAUAUACAUGGUGACCCUGAAAUAAGGAUAGAAGAGAAUAGGAAAGAAGCUGGCAUGGUGUGGGUCAUUGGCCCAAUCAUUGCCGCGUUGAUGCUCUCACUUUGUUUGGUAGUCUUGUUCAUAUUCAAGAGAAGACGCCAGCCCUGCAAGGCCCCCGACCAGGCAGCGGUGACUAGGCCAUUAAUGUCAGCAGAUGUUGGAUUCGGAGCGCCAUCUGAUCCCGUCGAAAUGAGGAGAUUGAACUUCCAAACGCCGGCUAUGAUUUCCCAUCCUCCUAUUCCUAUUUUGGAACUAUCGGAACAUAUCGAAAGACUUAAAACCAAUGACAACCUCAAAUUCUCCCAAGAAUAUGAAAGUAUUGAACCUGGCCAGCAGUUCACUUGGGAUCAUUCAAACAUGGAAGUCAAUAAGCCCAAGAACCGUUAUGCUAAUGUUAUAGCCUAUGACCACAGCCGCGUAAUCCUUCAGCCAAUAGAUGGAAUACUCGGCAGCGACUACAUCAACGCCAACUAUUGCGAUGGCUACCGAAAACAUAACGCAUACGUAGCCACACAAGGUCCUCUUCAGGAAACUCUAGCGGAUUUCUGGAGGAUGUGUUGGGAACUCCGCACUUCGACUAUCGUCAUGAUGACUAAGCUCGAAGAGAGAACAAGAAUCAAAUGCGACCAAUACUGGCCAAGCAGGGGAACUGAGACUUAUGGUAUGAUGACUGUAACUAUCGCAGAGGUUCAGGAGCUCGCUACCUAUUGCAUCCGAACCUUCCAAGUGGAACGGAAUGGCAACAGCAGCGAGCGCCGUGAAAUCAAACAAUUACAGUUCACUGCUUGGCCAGACCACGGAGUUCCUGAUCAUCCUGCACCAUUCCUUCAAUUCUUGCGAAGAGUGCGGGCUCUGAAUCCACCUGAUGCUGGUCCAUUAGUUGUGCACUGCUCAGCUGGAGUUGGGCGCACGGGUUGCUUCAUUGUGAUCGAUUCUAUGUUGGAGAGAGCUCGCCAUGAGCGCACCGUUGAUAUCUACGGCCACGUGACUUGUUUGCGAGCCCAGCGCAACUACAUGGUGCAGACGGAGGACCAAUACAUUUUCAUUCACGACGCUUUGCUAGAAGCUGUAAUUUGCGGCGACACUGAGGUCCCAGCUCGCAAUUUGCACGCACACAUUCAGAAGCUGAUGCGCGUGGAUCCUAUUGAGAAUAUUACUGGAAUGGAAUUGGAAUUCAAGAAGUUGGCUAACAUGAAAGCUGACUCCAGUCGGUUCGUGUCUGCUAGUCUACCUUGCAACAAGCAUAAGAAUAGAUUGGUGCACAUCUUGCCGUAUGAGUCGACACGGGUGUGUCUGACCCCUCGUGAUGGAUCGGACUACAUCAACGCGUCGUUUGUGGACGGGUAUAGGUACCGAGCAGCUUACAUCGCUACUCAGGGACCUUUGCCAGACACGACUGACGAUUUCUGGAGAAUGCUAUGGGAACACAAUUCUACGAUCAUCGUUAUGUUAACUAAAUUGAAGGAGAUGGGCCGAGAAAAAUGCCACCAAUAUUGGCCAUCUGACCGUUCGGUACGCUACCAAUGCUUCGUCGUGGAUCCGAUCGCGGAGUACAACAUGCCCCAGUACAUCUUGAGGGAAUUCAAGGUUACGGACGCUCGCGAUGGAUCCUCGAGGACGGUCCGCCAGUUCCAGUUCACUGAUUGGCCGGAGCAGGGAGUACCGAAGAGUGGAGAAGGCUUCAUCGACUUCCUAGGACAAGUACACAAGACUAAAGAACAAUUCGGACAGGACGGUCCCAUCACUGUACAUUGCAGCGCGGGAGUGGGCCGCACGGGUGUGUUCAUCACGCUGUCGACGGUGUUGGAGCGCAUGCAGUACGAGGGCGUGGUCGACGUGUUCCAGACCGUGCGCACGCUGCGCACGCAGCGCCCCGCCAUGGUGCAGACUGAGGAUCAAUACGAGUUCUGCUACCGCGCCGCACUGGAGUACCUCGGCUCCUUCGACCACUACGCCAACUGACGAUGAGACAUACUCGUCUAAACGCGCCCUAGGGGACACUGUCGCGCGGAAAUAUGACGUAUGUACUUAACUAUAUGGUCGGAAUUUGAACAAAGAAGUAUUGGCAAUGCAUUUAAAGUAACUUACGUAUAAAGACUUUGUUGGCAUUUUUUGUCGUCGAAGACAAUGUCUUGUCUUAUUUAAAUUAAUAUAUCAGUUCCCUUAGUAUAAGUUUGCUUUACGUUUAAAGUAAUCGAAACGAGAGCGCGUUCUGCUCUCUAAUUGGUUGGUUUAUUCGAGCCGGCCAAUCAGAACGCUUAACGCGCUCUCGUUUCGAGUACUUUUAAACGUAAAGUAAACUCAUACUAAGGAUAUUGAAUUAAGUAUUUAGUUCUCUGAUCGAUAUUAUGAAUUGAUUUGUUGCGGUAUUGUGUUUAAUUAUACUUUUAAUGAAUUUAUAUUCAACUUCUUAUGUACAGCCCACGUUCUAAGCUACACCGCCAUAAAAUUAAGACAAUAAUAAUAUUAAAAUAAACAUAGAACCUACAUCUAAACUCAAUCUCACAUCACGACCUAGAAAAAUCAAAAUAGCUGUCAUCAUUUUCCCGCCGAACACAGAUAAAAAAUGCAAUACUUCUUUGUUCUAUCAUCGUCACAGAUUAUAAAUAUCUAACGGCAGAGUCCCGCGCUGAUUAUGACCCUAAUGUACUAGUGAUGUACCUCUGACAUCGACUGACUGUCAUUUCAACUUCAUAUAAGAGGCUAAACAUGUAUGAGUGCCUAGGAACGCUACUUAUGAUGUAUUUUACGAUUGUGACCACUAAAAAUCAUGAUUGUGAGUCGGAAGGGUAAUAAAUAUAAUUAAUUAUUAUCCUAUUAUCUAACUUAUGAUAGAGAACGAGUCUGGAGCGUAUUUAGUACACGUCAGUACCCUUAGUAUGAGUUUACUUUAUCUUUAAAGUAACCGAGACGAGAAUGCGUUCAGCCCUAUGAUUGGUUAGUUCAUUCGUGCUGGCCAAUCAGAGCGCCAAACGCGCACUCGUUUCGUUUUCGUUCAACGUAAAUAUAGCUCAUACUAAGGGUACAGGUCUGUUUACGACUGAGUGAUGUGUAAAAGUUCUCUAUAUUCAUGAUGAGUCGUAAAUUCUUAUGAUACGUGAUGUUAGUUCGGUUGUAUAAAGUGUUUACGAUGAGGUUAUAAAGUGUAGACAUAACUUGACGGAACUAAGUAUGCUCCUGACUUUCGCAGCUGUUCGUGCUAUUUUUGUCUCUGAAUCGGAACAGUACGCUUAGUUUGAGUUUACUUUACGUUUCACGAAAACGAAACGAGAACGCGUUCGGCGUUCUGAUUGGUUGGUUUAUUCGAGCUGGCCAAUCAGAGCGCCGCGUUUCGUUUCGUUUUCGUUCAACGUAAAACAAACUCAUAUUAAGGCUACUGUUAAUGUUAAAGUCCAUAUAAACAGUUGAAUAAUACUUAGAUGCAUUUAUAUUACGAAAAAAGAGUUUUGAGAAAUAUUUAAUGAUCACUGUAAUGGUUACGCCGUGAAUAUUUAAUUUGCGAUCGAAAUAUAACGUAACAUUAGUGAAUGAACAGUGCGCUUAGAGAUUUAAACGGUAACUAUAUGCGAUAUAUGAUAUUCAAUUCUGAUCGUCACAACAUAUAUACAAACAUAAUAUUGUAAAAUGUAUAAAUAUAGUUAUUGCAGCUGUAAUUAGAAGUUUAUUUUUCAUAUCGGGUGUUAAAAUAUGUUUAAGUAGUGUAAAUUGUGGUGACACGUUUCAUUAACGCAAUAUUAUAUAUGAGAAACUUUUAGACGAAUCGGCUGUGUCGUGUGAAAUUUUGUGUCUGUCCUGUGCGUAGUAGGUACAUAAUGUUAUGUAAAUACUUAUAUUUCUAAUGUCCAACAUAAAUUUGUGUUGCUUACGUUGUAAAUCUUAAACUUAAACUUGCCCAGUUGUAACCAGCCAAUCAUGUUGACGUGACGGACAUUUUUGCGGCGACAUAUUUAGCAUACGUUAGCUUAUAAAGUAUUUUAGCUUGAGUUUAGUCGAACAAACAAUUUUACGUGUAAAUUAUAAAAGAAAAGAAAUAUCAAUGAACAAAGUCGCAGUCUAACGCUAUGCUAAAAAUGUUAGCAGGCAGACUUUAUUUUUCUUUAUUUGCGAUACAAAGAAGUAAUAGAAUAGUCGGGUUUACGAAUAUGUAAUGUUUCUUGAAGUUGAUCAUUCGUUUGAACAAUCACUUGCUUGCUUUUAGAGAAUGAUCGUGAUUCGAUAACAUAUCUAUAUGUAGUUAGAUAAUAUGUUUUGGUGUGCUAAUGAUAGAAGUAAGGAUGACGAUUCAAUUAUAUUUGGAUCGUAAACUGUACUCUUAGAACGAGUUUACUUUGCUUUUAUAGUAAUCGAAACGAAAGCGUCCGGCGCUCUGAUUGGUUGGUUUAUUCGAGCCGGCCAAUCAGAGCGCCCAACGUGUUCUCGUUUCGAUUACUUUAAACGUAAAGCAAACUCGUACUAAGGGUAUACGAUGUUAUAAGUAUGAACAGUGAACACUGACAAAUGCAUGGAGAGUUUCAAAGUACUAAGGAAGGGGGGGGAAUUUUUUACAUUUCUCUUUUACUUAAAAAAUAAUGUCAAGAAUUUUCUUUCCUUGAGCGUUAUUCUUCCGUUAAUUUAUGCUUCUCAUUAAAAACGUGGAGAAAUAAUGGACGGCGAGAAAACAGUUCAAGUGACUCAAACGUUACUGCCACAACCCUGUAUCACUAUUUUAAGCUAUCUUUAAGUGUAGUAUGUUAUUUAAUCUUUUACCGUAAUCCCCUUGCAUAGUAAAUGUAUAAGAUUUUUACGUUUUUCACUCGUUUUAUACAAUAUACCUACUUAUAUCGAUCUACCUACGUAUAAGUUAAAUUUGAGCUUGUAUGGAACUAGGGAAUAUAAAAAGUUGAUGCAGUUUUCAAACGUUAUACGUAGAUAUGCGAACAAUUGAAGGCGUGGCUCAUAUCUAAAGGAAUUAAACAUUAUGUAAGUACGUGUGCAUUCGGUCGGGUUAUUGGCCGCUGACAAUCGUAACUGCCAAUCGUUUCACUUAGCUAUAAAGAAUAAAUAAAUAAUACAAUAAAAUACGAAACGUACGUAGAGUUAAUGAGAGUAAUUGUUAAAUUGAGGUUAUAGUGAAAAUUUAAUACUCGUUGAUGAAUCGUGUAUAGCAAGGUUCGAACAUUUACACGCUAAGCAUGGCGGCUUGUUCAACAUGCUUUAAAUAUUAGAAUUGCUGCGUAAAGUAAAGAAAUUGAACAAAUAAUCUUUACCAAAAAACAAUAAUUUUAAUCGUUAAUGUCAUUCCUUUUAAAUAUUUUCCCCUUUUUUAUUUAAUUUUUUCAUUUGUAAACGUUUCCGAACGCACAUAACGAUCUCUUGUACAGUUUUUCGUAUUGCAUUGUUAGGCUUAGGUAUUGUAUCAUUCUGCCACUAGGAAUAUUUUUUAUGUCGAAUAACCUUUGCAGUACCGCGUAACUACAGAAUAAAAUAACAAAUCAAUUUUGUAAACUACCAGUGAUUUUAUUUUAAUUUUGAAGAUGUUUUUAAUCAAAAUGUGAGCAAUAUUUUUUAAUUAUAAUUUUUGUAAAGUUACGCAGUACUGUGUUCAAUGUUUUAGUAAUAUUGUAUUGUAAUGCCAUAUUAAGGUGCUGUCUAUUCCAUUAUUUAGUACAAAUGGUUGUUUUUACACGCGCGCAUGUCUCACUAAUGAAAAUUAUCGUUGAUACCCUAUGUUCGGUAUGUUAAGACUGACUUUACCAACUAAUUUUUAUAUGUUCUUAAUUAUUAUUUGUGUAUUUUUUCAAUGUAGUUUACACCAUGGAAUUCUUUGUUGUUAUGUAAUUGUUUUUUGUACAUGAAUGCCGAUUAAUUGUGAUGUUUAUGUUUACAUUUAAUGAACACCGUUCGCUUGCCAGUGGGUAUUGUUGCUUGGAAAAUUACGUUAAAUAUGAAAUGGUCGUUUGACCGAAGUACUUAAAUAUUUCCAAUGUGACGUUUAAAAAAUGAAGUCGAUGAAAUAUAAUGUGCCUAAUGGAUCCGUCACUCAAUUACGAAACUUUUUUAAUUAACUCGAUCUCCUCCGAAAAUAUAUAACAUUUUCGUCACGAAGAGUUCGUUCGCGCCUAAUUUUUUUUUUCUCCGAUCAACAGUGCCCCUAUUCGAAUGAUGAAUUGCUUAUUUUCUUGCAUUGUAACGAGUAUAAAGAUGUGACCACUCGCCAUUUAGCGUAACGUGUUUUGUUGCUAAUAAGGAAAUAUCAAUUAUGUAAAGCCCUAGCUUUAAUGAUAUAUUUUAGUGCAAUUAAAAUGGCGGACGCAAUAUGGCUGGCGGGGCGAUGUGUGAAUGUAAUGUAGAAGUUUGUAGACGACAAUUAUUUUGUAAAAAUUCCCGCGCUGCGUCUCGGGACACAGUGGAUUCGCAAAAUUAUACAUAUGUAUAUGGAGAAAUAAAUUUAUGUGAGACCCAUAA